AUGCCCCCACCCACCCUUCUUUCCUCUCCUUUCCCCCCCAUCUCCUUUCCCCCCCAUCUCCUUUCCCCCGCAUCUCCUUUCCGCCCCUGGAUGCCCUUAAAGCUCUUCGUCUCCCCUUUUCGGUCACCCUCUGCCCCUUCUGCCACCCUCCGCCCCCGUCCUUCCAGGUCCGUUCAUGGGCGGCAGCAGUACCCCCCUCCCCAGAUACCACCUCCCUGCACCUUUUAUUCGGCACAGCCCCUCACGUGUGGCUCUCAGCAGGGCACGAGCAGGCAGUGUGGUGCAACCAGCCCGUGGCUCAGGUGUGCGGUGGUGUGCGGUGGUGUGUGGUGGUACGCAGUCUUGUGUGGUGGUACGCAGUCUUGUGUGGUGGUAGUGCCGGUGUCAGCCUGUGCUGUGCCGCAGCACAUCCCCUCAUCUGUGGGGCUCUCAGCAGGGCACGAGCAGGCAGUGUGGUGCAACCAGCCCGUGGCUCAGCUCGCCCACGCCCUCCUAUCCCUCGUCAACCCACACACGUCGCAGCCCUUCUCCUCCCCUAACACACGCCUUGCAAUCAUCUCCUGCCACCUGGUACAGAUUGAAGCACCAUCACCCCACACAGCAGGCGGUAGCAGCAGGGCCCUGGUUCUUCUAUCGAAUGUGCUCCCAUGCGACGGCAUGAAUCUCACCCUCGUUAUAAGCACACAGAAGGGGGCCGGGGAGGAGAGCUAUGGAGAGGAUCCCCUCGAUAUAAAAACGCAGGAGGAGAGGAGGCAGGGAGACGAUAAGAGGGUGAAAGGGGAGGGUCAGGGAGAGCAGGAGGCUAGGAAAAUGGGAGUGAGGAGAGAUCGUAUGGGAGUGAGGAGAGACCGUAUGGAUUGUGGGAGUAAGGCAGGGGAGGUGGAGGGAGGGUUUGGGGAGGAGGAGGGGAGUUGUGGCGAUGGAAGCAUCACAGCAGGUCACAGGGCUGCUGUGCUCAUGCUGCCUCUGCCUUCGCCUCCCCUUGCCUCCUUUCCCUCCCUCCCUGUCCCUCCCAGUAUCACCGGCAUCACAGCAGGUCACAGGGCAGCCGCCACAGCCUCCCUCCCAGUAUCACCGGCAUCACAGCAGGUCACAGGGCAGGUGCCCCAGCCGUCCCCUCUUGCCCUGCUCAUACUGCCUCUGGAGAUGGCAGACCGGGGUGGUGCUGGUCGUGUAAGGACGGCUACUCUGCAUGUGAAUAUCAAUACCAAGGGCAAGCCUCGGCCCCCUCUGCACUUCCUCUCGAUGGACCUGGCACCACUCAAUCUCCACCCUCCACUCUCCUCCUCCUCUUCCUCCUCCUCCUCCUCCUCCUCCUCCUCCUCCUCCUCCUCCUCCUCCUCCUCCUCCUCCUCCUCCUCCUCCUCCUCCUCCUCCUCCUCCUCCUCCUCCUCCUCCCCCACCACCACCACUCCAACCCACUCCUCUCGGUCAAAGUCUCUCUCCCUGCUAUCAUUGCUCGUCUCCAUCGUUCAGCCUCUACACAUGGUAAGGAUUCAAGCUUUUGAGGCGCCUCAAAAGACAUAUGGAGCCCAGCCGAGUCCCACCACUUGUCACCCUGCUGCUGCUAUCCUGGCAUCUGCUCACACUGCAGCAGCCAGUGCGAGCCACCGGAAAAGCUGCUUACAACGUGAACAUGAAGGGAGCUAUAAGAUCCUGUCGUCCCAUACCUUCCUCCGCUCCACAGUCCUUGAGCUCGACUCUCCCCCGCCACACCUCAUGCGCCCCUCCUGCCGCCACUGCCACUAUCACCACAAUCACCCCCAUUGUCACCAACGCGAUUGCCACCAUUCGCAAUGCCGCUCGCAGACGAGCGAGCAGGAAGGCGGGGGAGCAGCGGCACACAGUAGCUCUCGUUGUGACGCGUCUCAGAACCCGCAAAGUCAUGCCAAGAGCAAUGCCGGCGGGAGUUUUUUGAGAGACGGUUCAGAGGAGGUGGAGCAUUGGGGCAGAGACGAACUCGCCUUGAUGCUGCUGGUGGAUCCCUCCUGCCCCUCCUCCCUCCUCAUCUCCGUUGACCUUCCACGAUCCCUCGCCUCCCUCCUCCUCUCCUCCCUCCCUCUCCUCAUCGGCUCGGCCCUCUCCCUCGCUCUCUGCACCUCCUCCUACCUCUUCUCUCACUCACUCUCCCACUCCUCCUCUCCCUCGCUCCACACUCUCCCUUCUCUCCUCUCUCUCAUCGCCUCCUCUCCUUGGCCGUCUUUCUCUAGCCCUGUUCCACGCUCCCUCCUCUCCUCACUCAUAAUCUUCUCUCUCCUGCACUCCCUCUCUCACUCCUCUCACUUUUCACUCCCCCUCUCUCACUCCCAUCCUCUAGAAUCACCCCCCACACACUCAGGAUUCUCCACUCUCCAGGUUCAUUCUGCUGCUUCCUCUUCCAGUCACCCUCUCCCUCUCUACCACUCCCUCCUCUCUCCGCUCCUCCUCUUCCUCCCUUCCCUUCCAAGACUCUCUCCUUCUCUCACCUCGUUUCUUCACACACUCACCUCCUCCCUUCACUCCUCCCUCCACUCCACCCUUCCCUCCUCUCUCCGCACCCUCCUUCCCUCUUCUCUCCAAAUCAACCCAAACCGACCACACCAUGCCACGUCAUUCUUACUUUUCCUUGCAUCAGCACGGUGCAUGCUGAGCUGUAUUUUCUCCACGCUGACAUCAGCACUCGUCUCAAUCCUCUUAGCAGUCGGGUAUUGGCCCGCACUCCUCUUCCUCUUCCCCCUCCUUCCGCUCGCCCUCUUCUCCCCUUUCCUCGCUCUCCUCUUGGCUGCUGCUGUUCAAAUCACACGGGCAUCUCAAGCCAAGACAAGGACUUCCCUCUCAGUGGUAUCAGAGCUUCUUCUGGCCGAUGCCCUCCUGCUGCUUGUCACUGCCCUCUUCCACCUGCCUCCCUUCAUUGCUCUCCUCCACGCCAAGGCAUCACUAUCCAUGGCCCCUUUCCAAGACAUCCUGCCCUCCAUAGCAUCACUACUGCUUAUAGUCACUCCACCGCUCUGCUCCUCCCAGAACUCCCCCACCCUUCCUUUCAAGCCAACAGUGUUGCAGCAAGUGGUGUUUUUUGUCUGCUAUCUGUGCGGGGUGGCAUCGUUUGUUUUUUCUCUGUACCUAGUUCUGCCUUUUUGUCUCAAUGUGGUUGCUGUAGUUGCUGUUUCGAGAUUCGUUAUGUACCUCCCCCGUUUGUAA